AUGCUGCCUCCUCGCACACCCUCCACGCCUCCUAUCACCCGCACCCGAAGCGAGACUUCUGCCCGUCCACGUACACCCCACCAGAUACUGUCCAGCUACCGGUUUCCGCCUCAGCCAUCCCCACUUGGCGGUACAUCUCUUCUACCCAGUCUCUCACCCGAGCCAUCUACCGACUAUAAUGGCUCCCUGCACCCCAACGCAGCCCCGUCUACUCCCAGCCGUGUACCAUCUCCUGCACAGUCGCUGCUCCUCGCCGCAUCGAGCCAUGACGCUUUCGAAGCUACAUUCACCGCCCACAACGUCAGCACCAGCAAAGAUUUGGAGACCCCAAAAGCCGAGAUGAAUGAGGACGAAUUGCUGGCAGGGGAAGUGGUCGAUAUCUUUCAACGUAAACCAAAACAUCAUCGCCGUACCCCUCAUCCAGCCCUCACGACAUCCAACUCAGCUCCCGUGCCCCAUGCAGGCACCCAGAUGACCCCCGGUGUCCCUGAUGCUCGCCGUCCCUCCUUGAUCUCUUCGUGCGACAGCCGCUCCUCCGACCCUGAAGAAGACUCGGCGUGGGGCAACUGGUCAUACCGGAUGUCACCUGUGUCUCUUCUUACACACUUGGCGAAAGACUUUUCGGUAGAGGGCGCGGACGACGAUGUUCUCCCUCGGGGAAGAGUUUUGGAAGGGUUGAUGAGUGCGAGGAGAGACAGAAGUUGGUCGCCCAGGAAGGAAAGUAGACAGUCGGGCAAGGAAGAGAGGCGGGACAGCAGGGAUUCCAACGCUACAAGCACCGAAUCCAUCACCCAUGAUUAUCUUGCCGACUUUUUCGAUCCAGAGUAUCCCGAGAGUGGUGACCCAUUCGGCUCGCCGCCUCCUACUGCCAAACCCCUUCGUCGUCCUGUUCAGUCUUCGGCACUCGCUGAACCAGACGACCGGUCUACCGGCGACAGUCUGCAAAGCUCCCGUCUUCUUGCGAGUGUUGUCGGAAAGCAUGGUCGGGGCGCUGCACAGGAUGAGGGCGGUGAUGAAGAGGACAGCGGCGGAGAGGAAGACUGGGAGUGGGACCGGGUGCUGGCUGGUGUUGAAGGCGAAGACGAGUAG